AUGCGUGAGCCGACGCGAUCGUUUUACCCUCCUUGUAUCCGGAGCCAAGGGCCGUGCGGGCUGCCGAACCAACGCCCAGCCGUGGCAGUCGUGGUCACCCGGAGGGCCCGGACCGUGCGGCGCCAGCCGGCGAGGCCCCCGGUCCGGACGCCCGGUUCCGCGAUUACGGAGGACAGGCCCCGAACUCCUGUCUUCCUCCGCGAUCCGCUUGCUUCCAGCAUGCGGGCCAUAUGGCCUGACCUCCCGCCGGCUGACCCGAGGGGGGGGAAACCCCCCGCACAGCUCAACGAACUCAUCGCCGCAGACGCCGGCGGCGAGGGCUUCACCCUCACCUCCUUCACCGCCUCCGACGCCUGGGAGCUCGGCCACCUCCUGCACGCGCGCCUCCUCCCCUUCGCCACGCAGUGCACGCCAUCCCGGCCCGCCCUCAUCUCCAUCAGCCUGGCCUCCAACCCGUCCACGCCACUCUACCAAUCCGCCACGGGCGCCGGCAUCACGGCGGACAACGGUACGUGGGUGUCGCGGAAGCGCGCGGCGGUGCUGCGCUUCGGCGUGAGCAGCUGGUAUCUGGGGCGCAAGUUUGGCGGCGACGAGGCGGCGUUUGCGGCCAAGUUCGCCAUGGGGCCGGAGAGCGCGGGCGGGUAUGCGAUUCAUGGCGGCGGGGUGCCGCUGCGGGUGAGGGGCGUGGAGGGCGUGGUGGCGGUGGUGGUUGUGAGUGGGCUGAAGGACUUUGAGGAUCAUGGGGUUGUGGCGGAGGUUAUUCGGAGGCAUUGGGAGGUGGUGGUGCAGUAG